AUGGUGAAUCUUGUGGUCCGGAGUCACCCCCGUCUAGCUCGCGGAGAGUCCUACCCUUGUGGAUACAAACCCUACCGCUGCGAGGUCUGUGGCUACAGCACCACCACCAAGGGCAACCUCACAAUCCACCUUCAAUCAGACAAGCACAGCAACAACGUUCGAGUCCUACAAGCAGCCGGAAAACUGCCAAAGCGAAUAACCGUCAUGCCGGAGUCGCAACUUCAUCUGAGAACGAUUCUCCCCGAAGCGAGCGAAGAAUCUUCCCGACCCUGGAAGUGUCCUCCUUGUGGAUACUCUACCGCUGUCGCGUCAAAUUUAAGGAUUCACCUCAGCUCAGGGAAACAUCAAUCAACAGUAGCAGUGCUGGACAGCAUCUUUUUCUGCGGAAUCUGCUCGAAGUUUAUGAGCGAUUCACUGGAGUCGCUCGAGGCACACGUGAACAGCUGGCGUCAGAUCGAGGAAGAGGUAGCUCUGGCACAGCAAGACGACAACUUCGUGUGCACGCUGUGCUCCUACCAAACGCAGCUGAAGUCGAACUUUACGAUUCACUGCAAAACCGACAAGCACAUCAGUAGACAGCAGCUAGCCGCGCACAUUCGAGAAGGAGGUCCUCAGAACGAGUGGAGACUCAGGUAUCUUCCACAGGGCUUGCAACUGGUCUGCCAGCUCUGUCAGUUCACCGCCGCCAGUUGGGACGGGUUAAAGCUACAUGCUGCCAGUGAGAAGCACAUUCAUCACGUUCAACUUUACCAGAAAGUAAAGGAGCAUCAACUCUCGCCCGAGUGUUCCGCGUGCGGCCAAGUCUUCAAAUCGAAGCUGGAACAAGUUCGACACGCUAUGGACAGCAACCACCCACUGAAACUGCCCCAAACUAAAGAUGGAGACGCUCCGAACUUUCAAAAUGGAGCAAGCGACGAGCAUCCCUGCCCACUUUGCCUGGAGGCGAUCUCGGAGAAGAAACUCGAGCUCCACCUGCGCCACACUCACCAGGUCUGCCCAGAAGUCGCUCAGCGUCUCGUCUUCCAACAGUCCAAUCAGUUCAACCCUUACUGCGCUCCCAAGAUGGCGGCGCAACCCUUCAACGGCCUACUCAACAAACUUGUGCAGCGAGCCUCAACAACAACUUUCGACAACGAGCUCCAACGCCAACUGCACCAAAUGGCCCCAACUCCACCCGCACAGCCACCAUCGGUUCAACAACUCAUCCAGCAGCUCAACGCCAAAGCCACUCCUCCGCCCGUUGCAAAUCAACUACAAAUGGACUGGGCACAGCGUUUAUCGGCGAGCGCCGGAGCUGCGAUGAAUCCUAUCCUUGCCCAGCUCAUUCUAAACCAGUUUCAAUCCGCCAGCGACACAAGUCAGAAUGAGCAGAAAGUAAAGAAGGAAGAGGAAAAUGAGGCGUCGCGCAAAUCCUCUAUCGACAACAACCAGGAUACGGCGGAGUUUUCGGAUGAAGAGAAUCAAAAUCCGCUUCAGAUCGUCGAAAUGGAAAAUGAAGAGACAAAGAAGUCGGAGAACAACUCUGAGUCUAGGAGCAAUAAUUCCGCAGCAAACUCAGAGAACGGAAAUUCCACAAAAGAGGAGGGGAAUCGACGAAUGCGCACUUUGAUCUCUCCCGAGCAAGCGGAGAUCCUCUACCAGGAGUAUUUGAAGGACAAUUGCCCUCCUCGCCAUCGUUUGGAAGAUAUCGCGCAAAGCACCGGUCUUAAACGACGAGUGGUUCAGGUCUGGUUCCAAAACACACGUGCUAGAGAACGAAAGGGACAGUAUCGCUCAGUCUCACACUUCGCCAGCGCCAAGAAACAGGGCGUCAAUCCCAUAAGCAGUAACUCGCUACUCAGCUUGGCUGGAAUGAGCGCUAGAAGUCAACAGAACGAAAAAGAUCUUGAUCUAUCUGAAUCUGGCUCUAAGAGCUAUCCUGCUUCACCUGAAGGAUUUGGCCUUUCCUCGCUCGACGAUGACUCUGCACUGCCUACAAUGCUGAAGCUCUCGCAAAAGAAAACCUUCGCCAACAACAACUACGUGAAAACACCCAGUCCGGGCAGCCAAGCGACAGGAAGACUGAGUGCGGAUGGAUCAGAAUCAGGCCAGAAACGUUCUCGAACUCAGCUUUCCCAAGGCCAGGUGAUGGCAAUGCAGAGCACCUUCGAAAUGUACAGAAGCCCUAGUUUGGCCGAAUGCGAAAUUCUUGGCAAUGGAAUUGGCCUUGCUAGACGCGUUGUACAGGUUUGGUUCCAGAAUCACCGCGCAAAGGAGCGCCGAAACCGUGCCGCCAGAGGAGAAACUCCGGAACCACCUUCUCCGGAGCCGCCGAAGGUGUGCUCUAUUUGCAACGUUCCAAUUGAAGGCCAUACGGAGCUCCGUGAACAUCUUUUCUCCGCUGCUCACAUCAACCAGCUAAAGAUCACGCAGGGAAUCACAAACAACCCAAGUCCCCCUUCUUCCGUCACCGUGGAUGGCGGACUGGAAAGUAAUAAUUUGUUGGGCAAUAUACUCGGAGGACAGAACAGCCAGGCAAUGGCAAACUUCACGAUAUUCGCCAAUAUCCAGCGCAUCAUGGCGUCGCAUGGGCUCGCCGCAACUGGCGUUAACCCUGCCCCGCUCGUCAACCCACUAACAAGCGAGCUCCCCUCUUCUGCCACAGUUUGCGAAGUGAACGAAUCGGAGAACUGA